AUGGCUUCUACAUCUUUAGUUUCUGAUCAACAUGAAGAUUUUUAUUGCCCAGUUUGUCAAGAAAUCUUCCAAACUCCAGUGAGGACCCAGGCUUGUGAGCAUGUUUUUUGUAGGAAAUGUUUUAUAAUGGCUAUGAAAUCAGGUGGCGCUCAUUGCCCGCUCUGCCGUGGAUCAGUAAACAAGAGAGAAAGAUUAACACCAACAAGAGCUUAUGACAUUGAAACAAAGAUGAGUAACGUUUCUGGGAGCUGCAGUUAUUGUGAAAAACAGCUCAAACUAUCCUACAUGAGACUUCAUUACAAAUCCUGUAAGAAAUACCAGGAAGAGUAUGGUUUUCUUCCCAAAGAUCCCAUAGUGCAGACCUAUCCACAAAUUACAGAACGACACAAUACUACUUAUAAGUGUCCUUUAUGUCCACAACAAGAUAUGAACAGAAGCACCUUGCUGGAGCAUUGUAACUCGCUGCAUUAUUUUCAAGUUGUGGAAAUGGUCUGCCCUAUUUGUUCAACUUUACCUUGGGGCAACCCUAAUGAAACAACUGCAAAUGUCGUUGACCAUCUAAACGCAAGACAUCAGUUUGAUUAUGCAGAUUUUAUGAAUUUUGUCCUUGAUGAAGAUGCUCAAUUUCAAGCUGCCAUUGUAAAAUCUUUCCAAACCUGUCUCUAAAAUGCUGGCAUUUUGUUUUAAAUAUGACUUUAAAAAUGACUUGCUUUUUCUUUAAAUUAUUUAAUAAAUCGAAUGGAACUCGU